AUGAUGCCCUGGCAACGGGAAGCCCUCGACGGUGGCGUCUCAUACGCGGAUUUGGGAUCAGAGACAGAAACCGAAACGGCCCCUCGCAAACGGCCGGCGCGGUUCGUCCUGAAUAAGACAUGCACUUGUCUCUUGCUGAUCCUCUUCGUUCUGGGGAUGACAGUGCUCUACAGCACGUUACACGCUGCCGUUCUGCAGUGCUAUGCGAGCAGCAUUGGACGUCCUCGGAUCGAUCUGUCGGGAUAUCUCUGCGCUCCCAACGGCGCAAGUGUCGAGGUGGCCACGCAGCGCGGGUGCGACUGGGAUCCGAUCAGUUUCCACUGGUAUCCACGCGAGCGAGUCCAAGACCCGGAUAAUCAGGAACUGAUCCGCGGGUUUCUCGAAGCCGGGCCAUGGCACCGGUUCUACGACGCCGAGGGCACGGUCGAGGUCGAUCCUGAUAACAGAGUCCUGACUACAUUGUGGCUGUCAAAGCGUGAGCAUGUCGUGCAUUGCAUGUAUACGCUCCGGCAGACGCACCUGUGGCUGGCCAAAGGCUUCGACCCGCCCUUCAAUUAUAGCCAUACCAUCCACUGCACCUCAUACCUCACCAAUAUCAUUCUUGAGAGCCCGGUGCCAGACAUGGACAAGCUGACCGUCCACGCGGUCCCAUACCCUCCUGACUGGCAAAUUGUCAGUGCAUACCCCUACAUGGUGCCCAAGCCUAGGCUGGGGCUAUGCAAUUGA